AGAGCGUGGUCUUUGUUACUAGCUCAGAUUCUGGAAUGGCGAGUCGGCCGUCUCCGUCGUCUCCACCAUCCUCUGCUUCCAACUCCGACCACUCCGCCACUCAACCCACCUCUCUCCCUCCCACGAAUCCACACCCACAGGCCGAGGCUGUAAUCACCAAUGGGGUUCUCAAUAAUGUCGACGAGAAAAAGCCUGCAUCUUUUGAUGAUCUUCAUACCGCAGACCACAUCAAGAAGUUCAAGAAGUAUGAAGCUGACUACACUCGUUGGUUGACUGCAAAAUACUUCUCCAAUAAAACUCUUUAUGGAGGCAACAUAUUUGAUGGAAAUAUGACAAUACAGGAUGAGGUUAUAAAGUCAAGCAGGUGGCCUUGUACCAGAUCAUAUGCAGACCCAGUACAGGGCUUUGAAGACCAGACCGGCAGCUGCUCAACUUCUACAACUACAGCUGAAACCUCGCCUAACUUAUCAAAUGGGAAGCAUCCAGUAAAGUAGAGAAGAUUGUUUCAUGAUUGUGUUCUUACAUUUUUGAGGACAGAUUAAUAGGCCGGAUUUUGUACAUGGACAAAUAUGCUUUG